UAUUGUUACGUAAUUUAGGCUUGGGCUUUUGAAGCUAUUCCGAAACUUCAACGAAAUGCUAAGAAUGUUCCCCCUGAGAGGACAUUGCCACGUAUGCUAAGGUGGAUGUCGUAUGGAGGCCUAAAAAAAUCUACAGAUCCAUUCGGUACCACUGAUGAAAACGUAGUGCACCCUUUCCUGAUUCCUACAAAUGCAGAAAAAAGGGAAAAAUACAUGAAGGACCUUGAGCCAUUUUCCAAUGAAGAAGCCGACGAAAAAAUUGAUAUGUUAAAAGCAGAAUUGGUUGGGGUGACAACAAUCACAACAGGUGAAGUAGGAGCUAGGGAGGUUGGUGGUGAGGACAGGAUCCCAGUAAGGAGUGGGGCAGAGGAAAGGAGCCCACCAAGGGGUGGGGGUGCAGAAAGAAACACUCCAAGAGGGACGGGUGACGAAAGGAACCCGCGGAGCCCUUUAGUGAAUUCUGGUGACAGAUUUGUUGGUAGUCCAGUCAACUUUGAUUUUGGUGGUCAGUAUAGUGAAGGAGGAGUUGGUGCAGGAUCUUUUGGUGCUUGUCCUUCAAAUGCGAAGUGCUCCUGUGAAUGUCUCACCUAUGUGGAGAUACAAAGACAAUUGGAACUGAAAAUUUCUAAAAUGGAGGAGGAGUUCAAAGAAAUGGGGAAGUUCGAUCAAACAACUUGUAGAAGAAUUAUAUACUUUGAACAAAAAACUCGAGCCUAGGAGGAUGUUAAGGAAUUCCAAAUACAUAAGAACUCCAUUUACUGCUGGUGCACGUAAAACGAAGAAGAGGAUAAGUGUGACAAAUCUGCUGCCUGAUAUUUACAAGCCUCUUGACAUUGAUAAGAGCAAGGAAAGAGUGGAACUAUAAACUAGGGAUGUGUUUGUUGGCACAAUUUUUGUUGAUAAAUUUGUGGUGGAUC